CAGAGAUUGUGUUCAUUUUGUAUCAUGCAGAAGAAGAAGCUGUUGGUUGUGAGGUGCUCUGCGACACAUGCAGAAUGCUCUCUUCCUGUGGCAAGAUUUGCAGCAUCGGAAUCCAACUGGGAGGCCCAUUUGAGUUUUCAGGGUCAUUCUAUUGCCUUAUUCACGUCCUCCUUGUAGUUUCCGCAAUUGGGUUUCAAGUAGUAAUGUUGAUGGAGCACUUGGCUAUGCUUGUAAGUGAAGCUUGAGCUCGGAAUCGGUUUGUAUGUGCUUCAUUACUCUGUCUACCUGUCUGAAAGGACGUGCCCAGCUAAGGAGCUAUGUUGAUUUCUGCGGUACAGCAUUACACCUCGGGUGUCCGCCUUUUGAAAGCUGUUUGUGAUAUAGAUUCCACACCAAUAUGUAGAGCGCAUACAGAGUCCUCUCGUAAAGGUGGUAGGGAAAGAUUUUCCUUCAGGAGCUUGCAUCUGUCUAGCACCAAGUCGCAUUCGCACAGCAGCAGAUUGUCAUUCUCCAGUAAGGAUUGCAGAGGGUUAGAAUUUGCCACUCAUGGGUGGCUGUGGAGUUUUGUAAGGGUUGUAGGGUAUGAAUCACGGUUAGGGAAUCUUGUGCCACACAGGUGUAGGAAGAAAACUAGAUCAUGGCCUGUGAGUGCCAAAGCUGUCAAUUCGCAGAACGAAUUGCAGACCGCUGAGAAUUUGCGGGAGCAAUUGGAAGCGCUGCAACAAGAGGCUGAACAGGUCCGUGGAAGGGCAAACAGUGCAAGGCUGAGGUUCAUGCGCUUGACUCAUGUUGUGGAGCAGCUCCGCCAGCGGGCAGCCAUGGAUGUGCGGAACGGCAAGGAGGAUAGUGCUCGGAGUCUGCUUAUCGAGAAACAGAAAGUAAUGAAAGCCUUGGAAGCAUCUCGACAGCGUGCUGAGCUCCUCGAGCAGCUGGCAAGAAAAUUAAAUGUGGCGAUUUCAGUGAAAGAGACGCAGCUGAUAGCAGCGUUGUCGAGUGAUUCAUUGGGAAUCAGGCCUGAGGCUUCUGGCAAUUCUGCGGUACAUCAUGUUUCUCUAAAAGCAGGUGCACACAACGAAGAGGUAAUCCGAAGUGAUGCAGAUACAGAUGACAUCAGUUUCACAGCUGCACCAAAUUCUGUCAAAACCCUAAAUGCCCAAGCGGAUGCAGGGCACAAUUUGGAUUGAUGACUUUCUGGAUUGGAUCUUUACAGACUUGCGGACAUCUCAGAUUUGUAAUUGGCAACGGCUCACCAUCCAGAAGCCACACCUGUGAGGUAGACAAAUAGAGCAGUAUCCAAGCAAGGUCUCUUCUUUGGAUGCUUGAGUGUAAAUAUGCGAUGUAGAGACUUGUUGCUCUACUUUUGCAAAUCAAUUGUGUAAGCGCUCAGAUCUCUCUUCAUAGUUAAAUGCCUCUAUGUUCCUCAUGUUUCAAAGAUAGCCAUCAGGGGUGUUGUAGAGUACCUUUCGUAUCAGGGGAUCUUGAUGUGCAUUUAUAUGGAUGAUGUGAUAUAUUUUAUUAACUUGAAGGUGGAAGAUUGCAGACGGAAGAUGAGAAAUAUUGGCUGAACCAA